CGCACCCCGUACAUACUCCACUUACUUAUUUCAUCAACGACGAACAAUUAAAACGCCAUGAAAACCUACUUUCUGGACACAAGACAGAUUCACUAAACUGCGAUGAAUUUUGCUCCGUUCACUGGCCACAUACCGACGGCGGCGGCGAUACCUACGAUCCACCAGUUCGCUGCAAAGUUUGGAUAUGAAAACAGUGGCAGCACCUCUGGCGGAGUGCUGCAGGAGACACGGUAUCAAGCCACGGGCACUGGUGGCGGGGCUGUUCAGUUUGCAGUCGCGCCUGGCACAGGGACUGUGGCAGUGGAUGGGGUCAAGUUCCGGCAGGCGGAGAGCGUGGUGGUGGUCAGCAGUGCGCAGCCUGGCGCGGUGGCACUGGCCGGCCUCGCGCCCAUACACACAGUGAACACUGGCGUCAAAUACCAAACCAUAUCGGCUUCCUCGUCUGUGAACUUGGGCAACAUUGCGUAUGGAGGGCAGGCAAGCUACGUGCAGGCUGAGACGGUGCACCAGCAGCUCAAGGCGGAGCAACGGCCGGAGAAACGGGAGUAUCGGGAGGAACUACAUCACGACAUCAUGGCCACCAUGAUGCAACAACACCAAGGAAUCAAUGUGGCGCAAGCAACGCCCUUGCAGCAGGGCACCCAACAGCUGCUAGUAGUGCUGCACGAGCCGAAGGAAGCUGCAGCGUUAGCUCGCGCCAUCAAGCAGGAAGGCAGGAAUGAUCGCGCCGCCGCCACCGCUCCCACGGAGUUCAUCAUAUCCUGUGCGUCAGGCAUCGGUGACGUCACAGACAGUACCACCUGGCAAACGCUGGGCGGGGGAGUGGCGGACUACCUCUCCGCCCUCCCACUCCCCCUGCACCACCUCCUCAAGUAUUCCACUCCAGCUAACGUGGUGGAAAGUAAGAGAGAGGAACAGCCCACUCUAGUGACCACUGUGAAUGCUAACGCGUUGAAUGCUAUGCCUACCAUAACUGCGAUGCCAGCGAACGCGGUGAACAGCGUAGUGGUACAAACUUCAACGAUAGUGAACCAGACGGUGAACCAAAAUGCUAACACUGUUGUUGUCUCCAAAAAGAAGAAGAAAAAGAAAUCUAUGAAGGAGAAGAAACCGCGACCGAAGCCUGGAGAGAUACGACUUACUACUGCUCUGGAUGGCAGCACAUUGUACUGCUGUCCGGAGUGUCACAUGGCGUACCCGGAGCGAGAUUUAUUGGAACAACAUCUAGUUGGACACACCAUGGAGAGGAGGUUCAUCUGCGACAUAUGUAACGCGGCAUUGAAGCGCAAGGACCACUUGACUCGCCACAAACAGUCCCACAACCCGGACAGGCCCCACGUGUGCUCCGUCUGUCUGAAGGCGUUCAAGAGGAAGGAACAGCUCACGCUGCACUUUGUCAUACAUUCCGGCGAGAAGAGACACGUUUGUAAUGAGUGUGGGAAAGGAUUCUACCGCAAGGACCACUUACGCAAGCACACGCGGUCUCACAUAGCUCGGCGAGUGAAGGCCGAACUCUCUCAACAAGGGUCUUCGUCCCCACCGCUCUCCCACGCUGUUCCCGCGCCAGCCCCGGAUCCUUCCUGACCGACUGAUGACAAGAACACCGCAGAUCUCCUCUCACUCAUCGCCUCAACCAAAGACGGAUACUAGCACCAGAAGCAGUGUCAUAUGUAGAGUAGGUAGGUGACUUGAUUCUUUGUAUUGGCUACCGAUGUUCUUCAGAUAGAAGUAAUUUAGUUCCAGUAACUCUAUAUUAAAGAAACAAUACGCUACAUUAGCGAUCAUAAGCAAAAAAUAACGGCAGCCCUCAUCACAAUUUUUUGCUCAAUAGAUGGCGCCAAUGUAGUUUACAAGUCCUAUUAGUUCAUUUUAUCAGUUAACAAAUUUACUAAGUAGUUUAAAUUCAGUCAGUCAAGUUAUUUGCUAUGCAGGCAAGAAAAGAAAUAACGAAUAAAGACAGCAGCUAUUGUUAAACUUAUGAACAGGGUGCCUACUCUUGAAACCAAUCUCAAUGUCAAUGCAAUUUUAAUUUAAUAAAAUCUGAAUAAUUAUUCAA